GGUUGUUUGGCUAAAUCGUCUUUUGCGCUUUAUUCGGAAGCCGUAAUUAUGUAUUGUCCCGGUGGCUGAUGACAGGUUACUUUUGUGGGUUGUAUGUUCUGCACUCCACCUGUUUGUUAAAAUGCCUCUUACAAAUUGUAACACAGAGCACGCCUUAUUUAUAUCAUCUAGUUUUUUGGCGCUUAAUCAGGGUAUAAAUUGUCAACAUAGCCGAAUUUUCUUGAACAAAAUGGCAGCAAGCAGACGCACAAGGCUUAGUUAAACUCUAACCAGCAGCCAUGCUGCCAAAGUCUCAACUACUACGGAGAAAACUUGUGAUCAGUAUCGGGAAGUCUGUGGAAAGAUUUAUUCCUGUAGCAUAUUAUUUGACUCGUAAACCACAUUAUGAAAAUGGCGAUGGUGAUAAGGGAAUUGGCAAUAUGGGAUUGGCCAAGAAUUUAGCAAACUUGUUGGAUGAGUCAUGUGUUGAUUCCACUGAUGAUGUAGAGAUUGGGAAAACGGCCCUGGCGAAAAAUCUUGCUUUUUUGGUUCAAGAAUCUUACGAGGUUUGUGAACGAAAAUCGAAACCGAAAACACGUGUAGAGGUGAAGAAGUUUCUCGAGAUGCUUAUAAAGAAGAAGGUGAAAGAACAGUAUUCGAAUGGCAAAUUCAGAGACCUCAUGAAAGUGAUUGCAGACCCCAACACUCUAAAAGAUGCUUACGAUUGCAUAAGGGUGACCUCGAAUGUUGACUUGGCAUCGGAUGCAGAUAGCUUGCCUUUCGAGUCCAUGGCAAAAGAGCUAGCUAACGGACACUUCGAAGUUGGGGCCAAUACAUAUUCAAUAUCGACUAAAGGGACAAAGUUGAAGAAAGAGGAACUAGUUUUCCCGAAACUGAAACUAAGGGUUGUUCAAGAAACCGUUAGAAUAGUUUUGGAAGUGAUCUACCGGCCCCACUUCUCCAAGAUUUCUCACGGUUUUCGAAGUGGUAGAGGCCAUUGGUCUGCUUUGAAAUAUAUCCGUAAAGAGAUACCCGAUCCUGAUUGGUGGUUCACGUUGAUUCUCAACAAAAGUCUCGAUGAAUGCAUCCUUAGCAAACUCCUGUCAUCAAUGGAGGACAAGAUAGAAGAUCAUGGUUUAUUUGAGCUUAUUAAAAACAUGUUCGAUGCCAGAGUACUCAAUAUGGAUUUCGGGGCUUUUCCUAAAGGACACGGUCUUCCGCAAGAAGGUGUUUUGUCGCCUAUAUUGAUGAACAUAUAUCUUGAUUUAUUUGACCGUGAGAUAUACAGGAUGUCUAUGCAAUACGAGACCUCCAACUCGCCUAAUGCUGAGGAGGAGCAUAGUUCAAACUCAAAGCUACGUGGCUGGUUUAGGCGACAGAUUAGUAACAAUAGUGUAACACAGUACAAUGUUGGUGAGAAAUCUGGUGUGAGAAUACAUUGUUGUCGUUUCAUGGAUGAGAUAUUUUUUGCCGUUUCGGGUCCCAAAGAAGUUUCUCUGGCUUUCAAGUCGGAGAUUGAAGGGUACUUGAAGAAUUCUCUCUACUUAGAGGUUGAGAGUGAAGCGGAUAUUCUUGCAUGCAGUGAUCCACGCGGCGUUCGAUUUCUCGGCACACUGAUUAAAAGGCGCCCGAAGGAGAAUCCAGCUGUACAAGCUGUUCACAAGUUGAAGGACAAAAUCAAGAUAUUCGUCGAACAGAAACAAGAGUUGUGGGAUGAAGGGGUUUCGAGAAUUGGGAAGAAAUGGCUAGCUCACGGGCUGAAGAAAGUUAAAGAAUCCGAAAUCAAGGGUUUGGCAGACACUAGCUCUAUUUUGCAUCAAAUCUCGUUUUACCGUAAACCCGGAAUGGAAACUGACCACUGGUAUAAACUACUCCUGAAAGUAUGGAUUCAAGAUGUGAAUGCUAAAAGAGGAGAAACUGAAGAAACUGUAUUAGCUAAGCAUAUAAUAGAGCCAGCUCUCCCCAAAGAACUAACAGAUUCUUACUACGAAUUUCAAAAACGGGCCAAAGAAUAUAUAUCGUCCGAGACAGCUUCAACUCUUGCUCUUUUACCAGGGUCCGCAAAUUACGAUUUCAUUACAGAAAUUAUUGUGCCAGUAAACGUAAUAAUGAAGCGUCUUCAUCGAUAUGGAUUGACAAAUAGAGAAGGACAACCAAGAACUUGCUAUAUGCUAGUAUUAAUGGACGACGAUCAAAUCGUUGAUUGGUUUACAGGGUUAGUUAAUCGAUGGCUAAAAUGGUACAGUGAGUGCGACAACUUUAUUCAAGUGAAGCAAAUCAUUUCGUAUCAAGUGAGAAUGUCGUGCGUAAGAACACUGGCGGUGAAAUACAGGAUACACGAGAAGGAGAUAGAGAAGAAGUUCGAUUUACAACUGAGCAAAAUCCCGAUUACGGAAGAGAUUGAGCUCGAAGAAGAAGAAGAAGCUAACGCAAGAGAAUCAAGAUUGGACGGUGCGUUAAUGUACGGGAUAAACUACAGCGGUCUGUGUUUGUUAUCGUUGGCGAGAAUGGUGGGAGAAUCGAGGCCUUGUUACUGUUUCGUGAUUGGUUGCUCUGCUAAGGUUUCGUGUGUUUAUGCAGUUCAAGUGAUGGAGAGACAGAAGUUUCCAGGUUGGAAAACGGGGUUUUGUAGCUCUAUACAUCCCAGUUUACGUAGGAGGAGAAUAGGGUUGUGUAAGCAGCAUGUAUCAGACUUGUUUAACGGUAAUAUCUCACUUCAAUCCGUAGAUUUUGGUGCUUGGAGAUGAAUUUAUUUAUUUUAUAUUAUAUUUUCACGGAGGUUCGUAUGGAAAUGCAGCUGCUUUUGUUGU